AUGGACAACACAACCGAAGCACCACGCAUCGGAUCAGAGUACGAGGCUGGCGAUAUCGCCUGGACCCUCGCAUCCACUGCCCUGGUCUGGCUGAUGAUCCCUGGUAUUGGCUACUUUUAUUCUGGCAUGGCGCGUAGCAAGAACGCGCUUUCCCUGAUCAUGCUCUCCUGCUGCUCCCUCGCUGUCGUUACCUUCCAGUGGUUCCUCUUCGGAUACUCAUUAGCUUUCAGUAAAACUGGUAGCAAAAUCAUCGGAAACUUCGAUAACGCCUUCCUCCGAGGCGUCCUGGACGCUCCCUCCGUGGGCUCGUCUAAAAUCCCCGACAUCGUCUUCAUGAUCUAUCAGUGCAUGUUCGCAGCUCUCACACCCGCCCUAGCCAUUGGUGCUGCUGCUGAGCGUGGUCGCAUUCUCCCAACACUCGUCUUUAUCUUUCUCUGGACCACCUUCGUCUACGACUUCCUUGCCUGCUGGACCUGGAGCGCCAACGGCUGGAGCUUUGUUAUGGGAGGUUUGGAUUUCGCAGGCGGCACGCCCGUUCAUAUCUCGUCCGGUGGUGCUGCUUUGGCUUAUGCGAUCGUCCUUGGGAGACGUUCGGGCGACCACAAGGACUUCCGCCCUCACUCAAUGAGCAACGUCGUCAUCGGCACCUGCUUCCUCUGGUUCGGUUGGUUCGGCUUCAACGGCGGCUCUGCUCUUUCUGCCAACUUGCGCGCUGCCAUGGCCUGCGUCGUCACUAACCUCGCUGCUUCGGUCGGUGGUAUCACCUGGGUUUUGCUCGACUACCGCCAUGAGCGUAAGUUGUCAGUCUUGGGCUUCUGCUCCGGUGCCGUUGCAGGACUGGUUGCCAUUACCCCUGGAUCUGGAUAUGUCUCCCCUGCUUCCAGCGUCGCAAUCGGAUUCUUGGGCGCCUGCGCUUGUAACAUGGCUGUCCGCCUGAAGCACCACCUCAAGUACGAUGAUGCUUUCGAUGUCUUCGCAGUUCACGGUGUUGGUGGAAUCGUUGGCAACAUCUUGACCGGUAUCUUUGCCCAGAAAUGGGUUGCUGCUUUGGACGGUGCCACUGUCAUCAACGGUGGAUGGUUGGACGGCAACUGGAUCCAGGUCCCUUACCAAAUCGCAGAUUCUUGCGCGGGUCUCGCCUGGUCCUUUGGUGUCACCUUCUUGAUUCUCGUCAUCAUGAACAAGAUCCCUGGACUCACUCUGCGUGUCAAGGCUGACCACGAGCAGCGUGGUUUGGAUCUUGCUGAGCUCGGAGAGAUGGCCUAUGGACAUUUGGAUGAGAAGGCCGCCAAUAUCAACGGCAUCGAUCACUCGAUGGAUAUUGGACGUGCUGGCUCGGGCUCCCAGAGCACCGAUAGCGUCAACGAGGUCAAGUUGGGCAGUGUUUCCACUCUUGGCCACCCCAUCACCAAUUCUUCCGCAUGA